GAUCUCAAACCGUGCGCGCGCAAGUAGUCCGUUACAAACGCAAUAUGGCGCGAGUUUAGAACGAUUCAAAUUUGGAAUUCGCGAGUCUGUUUAACCAAUUGUGUGUAGUUUUUGUUUGUGUUAGUGAUUUUUAAAAGUACCGGAGAUUGUUGACUUUACGAUGGGCUGCGCGCGCAUCCUCCACGUCCUCCGGCGGUGCAAGCGUCUCGAAGAUGGCGACAACUCGACGCAACUCGCCCGGUGUUUAGGCCUCCUAGACCUAACUGCCCUGGGUGUAGGCAGUACGUUAGGUCUUGGUGUUUACGUGCUAGCUGGGGCAGUGGCGAAGACGGUCGCUGGGCCCGCUGUCACGUUAAGCUUUUUGGUCGCUGCUAUUGCUUCAGCUUUUGCCGGCCUCUGCUACGCCGAGUUCGCGUCCCGAGUCCCCAAAGCGGGCUCCGCAUACGUGUACAGUUACGUCAGCGUCGGCGAGUUCGUCGGCUUCACUAUAGGAUGGAACCUCAUCUUGGAGUACGUGAUAGGAACAGCUAGCGUGGCUAAGGGCAUGGCGAACUACAUAGACAGCCUGACGAACAACAGCAUGGCGCGAGCGAUGACUGAGUGGGCGCCCAUGCGAAUCGGGUUCAUGGGAGAGUAUCCGGACUUCUUCGCGUUUGCGCUGGUUCUUCUGAUCACUUUGCUGCUGGCAGUGGGAGUGAAAGAGUCCACAAAACUCAACAACGUGUUCACGGCACUCAACAUGUUGACUGUCAUCAUUGUGGUCAUCGCUGGAGCUGUCAAAAGUGACCCAGCCAACUGGCGUAUCAAACUGGAAGACAUCCCCGAAGAAUACCGCGACAAGGCCGGCGCAGGCGGCUUCAUGCCGUGGGGCAUAGCCGGCGUGAUGGCAGGCGCGGCCAAGUGCUUCUUCGGCUUCGUCGGCUUCGACUGCGUGGCUACGACUGGCGAAGAAGCGAAGAAUCCCAAGAGGGAUAUUCCACUGUCGAUCGUCAUGUCGCUGGUGGUGAUCUUCGUGUCAUACUUCAGUAUCGCGACGGUGUUGACUAUGAUGUGGCCGUAUUACCUGCAGGAUGCCGACGCACCCUUCCCGCACGUGUUCACCGAGGCGGGCCUCCCCGUCAUCAAGUGGAUCGUGACCAUCGGCGCCAUCUUCGCGCUCUGCACCAGCCUGCUCGGCGCCAUGUUUCCUCUGCCGAGGGUCCUGUAUGCCAUGGGCAGCGACGGGGUGCUGUUCAGGCCUUUGGCGACCAUCCAUGGGUGGACCAAAACACCUUUGUUGGCGACAUUCCUUAGCGGAUUACUAUCAGCGAUAAUGGCGGCGUUGUUCAACCUAAACCAGCUAAUCGACAUGAUGUCUAUCGGCACCCUGCUGGCUUACACCAUCGUUGCUACCAGUGUCCUCAUUCUAAGAUAUGAACAGGAGCCAGACCUCUCCAUCACCAGCAUGAAACCGGUACCAGAGACGCCGUACUCCGUGGCCAAGCAGAGCUUCAACCUUCUCGGCCUGAAGAGGCCUACAAACUUGUCGGCCUCUAUCGCCAAGUCAUCCAUUAUUAUACUAUUCGUCCUAGCUCUGAUAACCUGCAGUCUCCUAACUUACGAGCACGGCGGCGCGCUGGACGCGGCGCUGGGAGCCUUAGGAGCGGCCCUGCUAGUGCUGCUCAUAAUCCUGUACCGACAACCGAGGCAGGGUACAGCGCAUCUUAGCUUCAAAGUGCCCCUCGUGCCACUGGUUCCGUACCUGAGCGUGUGUAUGAACGUGUAUCUGAUGGUGCAGUUGGACUACCAGACCUGGGUGCGGUUCAUCGUCUGGCUGGUUAUAGGAUACGCAAUAUAUUUCUUCUACGGCGUGAGGAACAGUUCUCUGAACGAGACUAGUGUGCCCACGAGCAACGGAAAAUCCGAGGACAAACAGGUGACCACCAAGUUCUGAUCGAGGGACUACUUAGGACUUUAUACUAAUGCAUCCUUUUCCCAUGGACUUUGAAGGAUAAGAUUGUAGAAAGAUAGUUUUAUGUCUUGAUUAUACAAGUUUGUAAAGAAAUGUAUACUUUUACGUAUGUAAGUAAUGUAAUGAUUGCGUUAAAGUAUGAUUAAAAAUAAGUUGCACGAUAAUAUAACGUAACGGUGCCAGUAAUGGACAAUCUACAAUUAUGACUAUUAAUAUUUUUUUAAUUAAAAACAUUUCUUUUUUAUUGAUAACUGAUUGAAUUCAUUGAUAAUCAUUGAAUUUAUACUUCAUUAUUGUUUAGAAGUAGAAAUGACUUUACAAAAGUAAGCACGAUAAUAACUUUACAAAUGUAAGCAUGAUGUACCAAAUCAGGCACUUUAAGCAGUCGUUUUUUUAAGUGAAUAAUAAAUCGUGUUAGUUGAGAUUAUUCCAUUCUUAUAUCGUAUCAAGUGCCUGAUAAAACUCCUCAUGAUUAGGUACUUCGGAGCAUCUUACUUGAAUUUUUGUGUAGUGUCCAACAUUGGUGCCGUUACCAUAUUAUGUGGAUUAUUAGCAGUGCUUGACAAGGGACGAUUAAUUACUUUAAGGGAAUCUAGAAUAGACGCUAUUUUAAAUUGAACCUGAAACAGGCGUGUCUCACUCCGCGAUUUCGUCGCUUUGCUACAGGUAGCUGCAUCCGUUCGGCCCCAAUUUUGGGGUUUGCCAUAAGCUGCGCGUGGCGCUGUCGCCACCUAGCAGCCGUAUAUGUGCUGAUCGUAACAGACGCGUUUUGUUAGAGAGUGAGUCUUCUGUACUUAGUACUAUUAUUUAUUCUGUGCCUGAAAUACGAAUGAACCAAGUAGGUAUUAGUUUUUUAGUAAGUACCUAGGUACAGUCAGCUGCAAUAGUAUGUUACCUACUCUUUGAAGGGCGUAAAAAUAUGUGGUUAAUGGCUCUACAAAUAAGAUCGUGUCAGAUAUUUUUGCGGCCUUUGUUGUGUAACAUAUUAUUGCAGGUGACUGUACAUACCAAUACGAGUAAAACGCGAGUAAAUAUCAUAAAAUAGGGUACUAAGUUUUCGAUUUUCAUACAAAUAAAUUAUCACUAGUAUCAGACAGAGAUAAUGUUACUUAAAUUACUUAAAUGUUCAUGCAGUUUCAUGUAAUUUAAGCACGUCGUGUCAAAAUGAGUUACUAAGAUUGUAUGAGAGCGGCUUUUUGGCAGCGGGUACGUGCGACUCUAGAACAAUCUUGCCAUUCCAUGCACCGGAUUACUCAUCCACAUUAGCUUUAUAUGGUCAUUGCAUUUAAUACUGGGAAAUAUUGUAUAGAAAUUCUAGAUACAUUAUUUUAUGGUUUUGUCCGUCUGUAUUUUCAAUAGUAUUGUUAAUAAUGCUUUACAAGAAAAAUGUUGGCAUGUAACGGAUUAAAAUUUAAAAUAUACAGUAUUUUGAUUACUUAAAUAUUAUUUCAUACAAAUUGAAUGUGUCGCUAUUUAUUAAUUUACUUAGUUGUAGUUUUUUUUAUUAAUUAAUAUUUAAUUGAGCUUAUAAAUUUAUUUUUAUAAGAUUAGUUCCUCCUAAUUUUGGAGAUCAACUAUUCUGUGACAAUAAGUCAUUAAAUGACUUUAUACUUAUUAAAUACUUAUAAUAUUAAAACAGUGUAUUGUAUAUAUGUAUAGUUUUAUACAAAUGUGUUGUGAUCGUGUGUUUGUGAUAGUAAUGGUGAGAACCAUGUGAUCAUUAAAUUAUGAUGAUGUUAUUAUUAACUAGAAUAAUUUAACAAACUGUGAUUUGAUAAAGUCGAAAAUUAAUAAAUAUUAUUUGAAUUAAA